AUGGUUGUCUUAAUCUGGACAUGUUUACACAAUUUGGGGGAUCUGCUCUUACCUUAGAAUCUUUUGGUGCCUUUGAUUGCAAAAGUCUUAGAUCAAUGGCAGAAGUGAAAAUUGAUUCCCUUGGUGCCCUUCAAAAGUUUAAUCUUUCUCGGCUUCCGAAUUUUAACUUGCUGCCUCAACAUGGUUUACCUUCUAACUUGCGAUCAAUUUUGGUUGAUGAUUGCAAGGGACUAUCAUCUAUGUCCAUAGAGGAUUGGGGUUUCCAACGGAUGGCUUCUCUCUUAGAAUUUUGGUUUAGAGGUGAUGAAGGUGAAGGUAUUCUCCACAAUUUACUGAAGAAACAGUUACUGCCAACUUCUCUUGUGCGUGUCUACAUACGGAAUGUCCCUAAUCUUAAAUUCUUGGAUGGAAAAGGGAUUCAACACCUUGCUUCUCUAGAAGCACUCUACAUCCAUGAUUGUCCAAACCUUGAAUCUUUGCCAGAAGAUGAUCUGCCAUCCUCUCAUUUGUUAUUGCAUAUCUCUCGCUGUCCUGAAUUAAGAGAGAGAUGUCAUUAUCAGAGAGGAAAGCACUUGUCCAAGAUUGCUCAUACUCCUACUAUAAAGAUUAAUGACCAACACUAUGAUUCUUGAGGGAGAUGUUACAUGCAUAGAAUCAAAAGGCUUGCACAUCACAAUGUUGGUAUUCCCUUGUGGUCAUAGCAUUUGUUUACAUCUUAUGACUAGAUCUUGCCUGCAGCAGAUAUAGGUGAACUUCUAGAAUUUGCUUAACCUCAGUGCUUCUGUAAUAUAUAUAUAUAUAUAUAUAUAUAUUCCU